CGCGGCGGAGGCAGGCGCGACGGGCGGCGCGGCCGGGACAGGCGCUGGGCGGCCGCCGAGCUUCGGACGCCGCCGCGUCCCCAGCGCUCCGGCCGGCCUCGCCGGGCGGCCUGCGGGGGCGGCGCAGUUGCGAAACUGAGUGCCUGUGUACCUCUUCCUAGAAUACCUGUCUGGUGCUCUACUCUUCCUCAAGACUACCUCAACACUCCUCCCCUUGGGGACUCCAGCGCCGUGAGCUGACUACACAAGACUGCCUUCCCCAUAUUUCCAUAGCCAGCGACAUGACCUGACACCUUGAUGACAAGUCUCAGGGCCCUUGGGUGACUGGCUGGUGCACCAUGGAACUUAAAGUAUGGGUGGAUGGAGUUCAGAGGAUUGUUUGUGGGGUCACCGAAGUUACAACUUGCCAGGAGGUUGUAAUAGCCUUAGCUCAAGCAAUAGGUCGAACCGGAAGGUACACUCUUAUAGAAAAAUGGAGAGAUACUGAAAGACACUUAGCACCUCAUGAAAAUCCUAUCAUAUCCUUAAACAAAUGGGGGCAGUAUGCUAGUGAUGUACAGCUAAUUUUACGUCGAACGGGGCCAUCUCUUAGUGAGCGACCCACUUCAGACAGUGUGGCUCGAAUUCCGGAGAGAACUUUAUAUAGGCAGAGUUUGCCCCCCCUGGCUAAACUGAGGCCUCAGAUUGACAAAUCAAUCAAAAGGAGAGAACCUAAAAGGAAAUCAUUAACAUUUACAGGAGGUGCCAAAGGAUUAAUGGACAUUUUUGGAAAGGGUAAAGAAACUGAAUUUAAGCAAAAGGUGCUGAAUAACUGCAAAACAACAGCAGAUGAAUUAAAGAAGCUGAUCCGGUUGCAGACAGAGAAGCUUCAGUCCAUUGAGAAAGAGCUAGAAUCAAAUGAAAUAGAAAUACAAUUUUGGGAGCAAAAAUAUAAUUCUAACCUUGAAGAGGAAAUUGUCCGCCUGGAGCAAAAGAUCAAAAGAAAUGAUGUCGAAAUUGAAGAGGAAGAAUUUUGGGAAAAUGAAUUGCAGAUUGAACAGGAAAAUGAAAAACAGCUGAAGGAUCAACUUCAAGAAAUAAGACAGAAAAUAACAGAAUGCGAGAGCAAAUUAAAGGACUAUUUGGCUCAGAUCCAGACUAUGGAAAGCGGUCUUGAAGCAGAAAAAUUACAACGGGAAGUUCAGGAGGCACAAGUCAAUGAAGAAGAGGUUAAAGGAAAGAUUGGUAAGGUCAAAGGAGAAAUUGACAUUCAAGGCCAACAGAGUGUGAGGCUGGAAAAUGGCAUUAAAGCUGUAGAAAGAUCUCUUGGACAAGCCACCAAACGAUUACAGGACAAAGAACAAGAACUGGAGCAGUUGACUAAAGAGCUGCGGCAAGUCAAUCUCCAGCAGUUUAUCCAACAGACAGGGACAAAAGUUACCGUUUUGCCAGCGGAGCCCAUUGAAGUAGAGGCCUCACAUGCAGACAUAGAAAGGGAGGCACCAUUCCAGUCUGGGUCCCUGAAGCGGCCUGGUUCAUCUCGGCAGCUCCCCAGUAAUCUUCGUAUUCUACAGAAUCCUGUCUCAUCUGGUUUUAAUCCUGAAGGCAUCUAUGUAUAACAUUAUCUGUCUUUAGGGGAGAGACCCAAUAAAGGUACCAAGGACAGUAAAAAUUCCUUCUUUGAUUUGUGCCAAUGAUGAACAGAGGAUCUAUUUCACAAGCCACCGUCUCUUUUUUCUGUCCUAAAUUGCAUACCACUUGGAGCCAUACCCUGUGCACUGAUGCUAAAGAACAAAGAAACUGUUUUCACACAUCGACAGUGUUGACAUGUUUGUCCAGCAGCUGUAAUGCAAAGCCUUCAUUUUUAUUUGUAGCAUUUUGAGAGCGUUAGGAAAGUAGUAUACUGUGUGUAUACGUAAAUAAAACCAUGACUUAAGAGCGAAGAGAAAUAUGUGACUGGCUUAGUUUAAUUUAUUCCAUAUAAUCGAUUAAUGGGUGAAUGUUGAUGUUUUAAUAUUUUUUAUUAAUACUUAUCCUGUGACUGAAUUACAUUAUAUUUUGUGUGAAAUACAUUAUAUAUUACAUAAUUACAUUAUGACUGUGUGUGCCUGUUGCCAGACUACAUUUGUACAUUGCUGAUCUACAACUAUACAAGUGUCAUAGGGUGCUCCACCAUCAAAACUAACUCCAAAGGAACCCACUUGUAUUUAUUUUGUGUACCUGUCCUAGCCAUUGCUUCAUUAGAUGAAAUAAUUCAGGUUUUAGUUUUAAUCUGGACUUGGAUCUUUGCUUUACAAUAUUUCCAGUGUAUGAAUGACCACAUACCAGAAGAGCAGUAUUUUCACAAGGUAAAUUGUAUGUUUAGAAGAUUUGCAGAACUUUGAACACCUUAAACAAAAAAUGUAGUUGUUGAAUAUCUGUCCAAACAGGCAUGGGGUUUCCUUAUACAUUAUGUAUUUUGUUUCUGCCCUGCCUUAAUCAUUUAAAUCUCAUGGAUCCUCAGAGUUGCCAUAAUACGUAAGUUAGAGAUAUCUGGUUGACCUACUUCAGAAAGGUUACUUUAAGUGAUAUAUUUUUAAAAUAACCCAUUUCAUAUGUAUAGUCUGUUGGUGUAAGCACCCAUGGGUAAGUUAUCGCUUGCACAUAAUUUAAUCUGUACUUUAUGGAUUUUGCUACUUCUCCAGUCACUUAGAUAGAAAGUACAUUGGAGUUCGGUAUUUUUUACAAAGGAAAUAAAGUUAAAUUUGUUUUUUGUUUUUGUUUUUUUUUUAAUUUUUGAGCUUGGCUUUUACAGGACAUGAGGAAGAGUCUCCCAAUUGUACAUAUAUUUUCUUAUUUAUUUAUAAAACCAAAAAGUCACAAGUAGUAUCUGAAUGGAUGUGGUCAGAUACCAUUUUGCCAUUUUUACAUUCCCUCUGAUCAAAAUUUGGUACAAUAUAAUUAAGACUUUAACCUGAAAUUUAAAGUGGUUUUUAAUUCUGAGGAAAAUAUAUUCUCUGUAUUACUUACAUGCAACAAAGUAAAAGUGGAUUAGUAUAUUAAUGCCAUGGUAACAAUAAAAAGAUGUAAGUUAUAUCUUAUGCAUGAGGGCAACUUUGGAUGUUUUAACACAUUUGACUUAUUUUGGUUUAAAUGAAUGUUGCGAAUGCUACAUUUAGGUUUCCAAUGAAAAAUUUUAAGAAUGGCUAUGAAAAUAUUAUAUAGAAGCUUCUAGAGAACUGAAAGUAAUAAUGCAGAGUUGCCUUUUCUAGUCCAGCUAAAUGGCAGACCUCAACUAAAGGUAUUAUUUUCUUUGGGUUCUUGGAGUUAUCAAGUUGACCUUGCCAUUAUACUAUUUUGCAAAUAACUUGAGAAAUAAUUUAUUCUUACCUACAUAACCCCAACCUAUACACAUUUGUUCUCAAUUUAUAAUAGUUAUUUCAUAUCCAUAUUUAAAAAUUAAAAUUAAAAAAUAUCAAGAUACUUUGUAGAUUUUGUGACAGUAAUGAUUUAUGUAUGCCCAAUAUAAGCCUUAUUUUUAAAGGGUUCCAUCCUAUACCAAGAGUCAUUUUGUUAUUGUUGUUCAGAGAAAUUAAGAUCUUAUUCACAAAGAAAAACAUUUUUAUAAAUUGAUCACAUUCUCUUUAAAUCAAAAUGUUAAACUGAGGAUAUAAUAAACAUUGCAGUUUUUAAUUGCAGAGAUGCUUGGUAUGCCGUCAAAAACACCAAGUCAGUGUCCAACUUAAUUGUUGUAAAUUAUUAUCAGCGUUAACCUAAUAACUUUGAGACUGGCAGCAUUGUGACAACUUCAUCUGAAUUUUCAAAUGCCAAAUAAUCUUUAUAGACCUAAUUACAGAUAGAAAUACUAUUUCCUAGAUGAGAAGAAUAUAUAAAUGUGAAUUUGAUAAAUAUAUUGAGCAGCUAUACUUUUUAAUCAGUUAUAUUACUUCUGAAAGAACAUCUCUAAGAAAUAUUUUCUAAGUCUUUUUAAAAUAGAAGAAAGAAAACUCAUUUCUCCUAGAACAUCUUAAAAAUAAUAUGGUGUAUUCCUGGUCAUUUGUAUCUAUUGUGAACACAGAGGAGUUAGAUUAAGUGCCACAUCUUUUGGUACAUUUCAGGGGGGUGGGGAGGGGGAGAGCAGACAAUGAUAUACAAAAAUACCAAAUAUAAAAUUUUGCAUCGGGGGGAAUAUUCAGGUUCUAAAUACUAAACUAGAUUAUAAGGGGCUUUUUAUUAUUAUUAUACUGCAAGUUGUUUCAUUAUGAUUUCCUAUAAGUAUUAAAUACAUUAGAAGAUAAUUUUUUUUUCUUACCAAGGAAUGAUUUGAAAUAGCAUUGGUAUAUUUGACCCUUUUGAGUGUCUAGCAUCCUCAGAGAAUGACCCAUAGUGGGUUGCCUCAGUCCUUUUUUUUUUUUUUUAUGAGAUAUUUUGGCUUAUUAGCAUGCUUUUUGUCCUGAUGCACAGAGAAUUUAUAUAUGAGACUUUGGUUGGUAUUGAUAGGAAUUACCCAUUUAAUUCCCUCAGUCAUCCCUGAAGUACUCAUCAAUUCCCAUAGUUCAAAAUAGUCAUAAACUCAAGCCAAAACAGCAAAAAUACAGAAUUUAUGGUGUGAAAUGUGAUUAAUAGUGUUUAAGAAAAACAAAUAAAGCACUUGCUUCCAGAGCAGAAGUAAAUUUUGUACCUGCAUUAAAAGGACAUUUUCUUUGUGAAUAAGAGAAAAAUGGUCUUUCGAGUAAGAAACAUCAGUUAAAGCCAUUUCUGUGAACAUCUCUCCAAGUUAGAACUAUAAUAAUGGAUUGAGGAAAUGAUACAGAAAAGGCAAAAACUCUUGAUUUCGGGUGUGCAAAGGAUGUGGGCAGAUGGGCAUUUCCCUGUGUGCAUUGCCUUUGAAAAAUUGGGCCUUAAUUUAUAUGUAUAGAACAAUGCUGUGUUCCCAUCCCUCUUCUACCUGAAGUUGUCUUUAUUAAUCUAUAUUGUAUUAAAAUUUAGCUCAUAAGUAUUACUUUUAUAUUAUGUCCAUUUUUUGCAUGUUUAUACUAUUUGCUACAGUGUUUUUAGGUUUUGGCUGAAGGCCAUCAGCUGUGUGGAGAAGAGAAAACAAUCACUAUUUAUUCAGAAUUGCUGCUUUACAUUUCCAGAAUAAGCUUUCGAUGCCAGGAUGCUGACUGCUUGAAAGCUGCAGGAGCUCUAUUCCAAUGCAUUUUAUAUAUUUUUAGAAACCAAAUAAAUGCAGAUAACUAUUUAGUAUACUAAUUAUAUUAAACCAGCAGAAAUAGAAAGGCAAUAAAAUAUAUACAUAUAUAUAUGGGGGGAGGGAAAGAUUUAAAAAAUAGGUUUACAGCCAGACAUGGUGAUAAGCCCUAAAUAUAUUUCCAGUCUGUCUUUAUUGACCCAAGGAGGAUUUGAGUUGCUGCAGCUUUAAACAGAAAAUUGCCAUGUUCACUACUGUGGACACAUAAAUAUGCUUUUUAAUACUGCUUUGCUUAUGUACCAAUAAAAUAUCUGUAAUAUGUAUUAUAUGUAAUUAUUCUUUUUUUUGACUUUCAUUUCAAAAUGUAUAUUUUCUGAUUAUUAUCAUGAGCUGUAAAACAAAGGAUCAAUUAUCUGAUAUUCUCCCAAGUAGUACAUUUUCAGGAUUCAUUGGGGCAUUAUAGUUGCUGGUUUGUUUUUUAUGUGUUUAAUAUUUUAAAAUAUAUAAGUUUAUUUUCUUUAAAAGAUGCCAAAGAGAAAAGGUCUGCAUAUCAGUGAUAUAAAAUUACAUUUCUUUAAAAGUAAUGUUAAUUAUUAUAACUAAAGAAUUAUCUAUUUCUAAAAAAGAUAGCUGUUGGGCGCCUGGGUGGCUCAGUUGGUUAAGCGACUGCCUUCAGCUCAGGUCAUGAUCCUGGAGUCCCUGGAUCGAGUCCCGCAUCGGGCUCCCUGCUCGGCAGGGAGCCUGCUUCUCCCUCUGACCCUUCCCCCUCUCAUGUGCUCUCUGUCUCUCUCAUUCUCUCUGUCUCAAAUAAAUAAAUAAAAUCUUUGAAAAAAAAUAAAAAUAAAUAAAAAUAAAAAAGAUAGCUGUUUGGGGGCACCUGGGUAGCUUAGUCAGUUAAAUGUCCAACUUGAUUUCCACUCAGGUCAUGAUCUCAGGGUCAUGAGAUGGAGCCUGGCAUCAGGCUCCGUGCUGGGUGUGGAGCCUGCUUAAGAUUGUCUCUCUCCCUCUCCCUCUGCCCUGCCGCCCCCACACACACGUACUCUCUCUCUCAAAUAAAUAAAUCUUUUUUAAAAAAAUAGCUGUUUUAUCGUAGUAUAACUGAAUCAAGAAAUUGUCUCCCUUUUGUUUCAAAAGCAAAAGGAAACAUUGUGUCUUAAUGAACCUCUAUAUUCUCAGAUUUCUUUAAAACAAGUGAGGGGAACAAUUCAGUACCUACUAUGUGCCAGGUACAAUGGGAGAUACAUUCAGCCAUCUAGGGAACCUCUUCCAAAUCAUACAGCUAAUAAGUAGCUUACAGGGCACUUGAAUAUAGACCUUUCAGAUAUUGAAUACUUCCCUAUAUUCCAUGAUAAGCUGCUUAAGUAGCUUUUUAUGUUUUUAAAGUGAAAAUAAUGUGGAAGUACAUAAAUUGUCAUUUUCAUAUUUUUAUAAGUAAGAUCUUGGUCAAAUUAUGAAUAAUAACAGUAUGUUAUAAAAAAUGAUAAAUUAUUAACAAAAUAAUGCAAAAUAUAAAUUAUUCUUUGUCCUAGUUUGGGGGACUUUUAAAAUUUUAAUUAUACUGUCCUCCUCUAAAGCAUUUGUUUAGUUAAUGGCAGAGCAAGAAAUAAACUUCUGUUCACUUGACUCUUGACACCUGCUGCGCACUUCACGUAUUUGUGCUGUGUCUUAGGCAGGGCCAGCAGAGUCCUAUAAAACAGGCACAAACUUGCUGGACACGUUUGUACUUUCUGUAGACAUUUAGUGAGCCUUUAUUGUUGGCCAGACACUGCUGAAAUUAACAUGAUUGGCUUUGCAGCUCAGGGAGGUUACAGUCUAAUGAUCACCAUUAAAGGAACAAGGAUAGAGGGCGGUGGAAACCCACCAGAAGGGCUUUACCCCAAUCCAGAGUGUUGGCAAACCCUGGAGAAGGGAAUAUAAACUGCGGAGGGAUAUCUGA